GCGGGAAGUGACGGAGCCGCUCCGAGGGGAAGUGACGCGCGUGGCGUGCGGGCCCGGAGCGGUGUGGGGGGGGCUCGGACAAGAUGGCCGGAUCCACAGUUAAAGUACCUCGUAAUUUUCGCUUGUUGGAAGAACUUGAAGAAGGGCAGAAGGGAGUAGGUGAUGGUACAGUAAGCUGGGGCCUUGAAGAUGAUGAAGAUAUGACACUCACCAGAUGGACAGGAAUGAUUAUUGGGCCACCAAGGACAAACUAUGAAAACAGAAUAUACAGUCUGAAAGUAGAGUGUGGACCUAAAUACCCAGAAGCACCUCCUACAGUUAGAUUUGUAACUAAAAUUAAUAUGAAUGGAAUAAAUAAUUCCAAUGGAAUGGUGGAUGCACGGAGCAUACCAGUGUUAGCAAAAUGGCAAAAUUCAUAUAGCAUUAAAGUUGUACUUCAAGAGCUAAGACGUCUAAUGAUGUCCAAAGAAAAUAUGAAGCUUCCACAACCUCCAGAGGGACAAACUUACAAUAAUUAAUUUUAGCUGAUUCUCAAACUUCUGUCUUAAAACAACAACCUUCUACUCAUGUAAUGUCUUGAUUAAAUCUCACAAUGCAAACACCCACACAUUAAAGAAUUCCAGCUGGUAUACAUGACCUGGACAUUUGUAAGAAUAUAUAUAAUAUAUGUAUGCCCAAUAUGUUUUCAGGCACUAUGAGAGAAAAAGGCAGCACAAUUUUUUUUUUCUCUUAUUGAGGCACUGUCAUUUAAGCAUAAGCCUGAAAUAGCCUAUAAUUGGAAUUCAGGUUUUACAAGAUGAAAGCAUGACAGAAAGUGUCAGAUUGCUGUGGAAUAAUAUAUGUUACUGAAAAUAAUUUCUGGAGAAGGCAAAAUAUAAAUGGCAUGCUUUAUCCAUCUUGCUUAGUAAAAGAGCUGCAGUUAAAUUUGUUUUAAGGUAGCAGGUACAGUGAAUACCGUUGCUCAUCUUGUUUAAUUUUGCAAGGGUGUGGGUGCCGACUACUAGUAGUGUCACAAAGUAUGUUCAGGAUUGUUUUGAUACCUGUAUUUAUAAAAUGGGGGGAUUAAUUUCUGUUAAGCAGCUCCUGUGUUACAUGUAUUGGACAUGGCAAAUAUUUGUUUACAGUCUUUGUUCUAAUAAACCAUGCAUUUAAGUUUUAGUGAAACAAAGGAAAUGUAUGGAUAUGUGAUUGAGAUUAAAGUUAGUCUUAAAAUGUAAAUAAAAUGUGGAAAGUGUCUGAGGCUGUGCCAUUUCUAUAAUAGUCAUGUAAUAUAUGUACAGUAACUGGCAGAAGUAGUGAAAAGCCAAACAAUAUUGCUGCUGGUGUUACGUGCACCUUUUGUUCUUAUCACUUUUGUAUGCUUAGUUUACUUGAGAGGUCAAGAUAUUCCAUAUGUUGCAGGGGAGUAAGUUCUGUCAUCUGUAGUAUCACUUCUUUAGGCAAACUUGAGCUCUGUGUGUGUGUGUGUAUAUAAAUAUAUCUAAAAAAAUCCCCAAACACCAAACUAAUCCCAAAAUAAAAACAAACAAAACCCCUUGCCUGCCCAUCUUCCCUUUAGUUCCCCUCCAGAUUCUUUCAAGAAAUGAGCAUUACUUUCACAUUGCUUAUUUGACCGCUAAGCAGUUUUCAGAUCACAUUGCUGAGUCUGUCCUACUUAUCAGUCCUUUAUCUUGCUUUCUUGCAUCUUUUCCUCUUUUAUGUUGUCUUUUUUUCUUGUCUGUUCCACUUUUGCCUUUUCUGAAACACACAAAAAAGAAACUUCAGGAAGCUUUACUAAAAACCACACCUGUGCUACAGUUCAUCUUAUUUCCAUCUGCUUAACGUGAAUCAUUUGCUGUGAUGCCACUGUGUUUGUACCUAGAGACUUUCUGCCUUUCCUGCAGUCCUUAGUCUGUUUUUUCAAUGUAUUCUGUCUGGUGGGAACACUGAUUUUAUUUCUUUUAUUAAUUUCUCAUAAGCAAGUAGUUAAUGCUGUUCUUUUGGAUAUUACACCUUCUUUUCCUGCCUCUCACCUUGGAGAAUGCAAGCCUUUGUUCAUUUUGGUGAGAAUAUGUAACACUGGGAGUGAGUCAGCUGCUUGCAUUCAGUUUUAUUUAGUGGUUCUUUUGAAAAAGUGGAUAUAAUCAAAAGCCAUCAUCAGCUAGGUAACUUUCUUUGAUAAGCCUUUGCCUGUUUCUGAUGUAAACAAUGAAAAGCAAUAAACUAGGGUUUUUUUUAAUGGAAAGGUUUGAUUGAUAUUUAUCAAUUUAUGUUUUUUAGACAAAUUGGGCACUUCCAGAAUUGGUGGAUUUAUAGCUGCCAGCUACCUCGUGUCUGUAUUUAUAUAACAUAUCAUUUGUGAUGGUUUGGCUGAAGUGCAUUGCAACACUUUUUUUUUCUUGUUUUAAUUUGAAUGAUUUUGAUGCCAUUCAAUCUUUCUUACACUAGCACUGCUAAUCUAUAUUUAAUCAAUUAAAAUAAUGGAACUGUACGGUUCUGAGAUGUGAAUUUUUGGGAAGGUUACAACAUAAACUAUUGAGAGAAUGCUUGUAGACUAUUUGGUUAGCAGCAUAAUUUAAGAGACUGGCUUAUUCACAGAGCAUCAAGAGGAGGCUGUUGUUCUCACGGUUGUGUGUGGUGCAAGGUGAUCCUGUAAUAGUGCAUCCAUUUGUAUCAGUGAGAAUCAGCAUAUCCAGCUCUAAACAGAUAUUUUUUCAGAAGGAAAAAUCUGUUCUGGAGGGAGUUGAGCUAAUCUCUGACACUGGAGUAUGUAAUAGAUGGAUGACUAUAAAAGUAUUCCUUGCAGUGAUCUUAGGUGUAUUGGUUUUCCAUUUUGCUCACACUGGGACACUGAAAUGUUAUUAAUUAUGAACUUUUAAAAUGUCUUCAACUACUUCAGAGCCUCUCAAAACUAUUCUACUACCUGAAGAAGAUUUUGAAGCACUGUGCUUACUCUUCUCCAGAAAAGUUAUGUUUUGCAAGUGUCUGUGUCUGAUCAGUGCUUACUUCAAACUUGCUUUCUCAUACUCUUAUGGUCUCCUUAGGUAGCCUACUUAGAUGACAGAAUUUAAAUUUUCCUCUCACAAGUAUUUAUUUGUGUUAUAUUCUUUUGGCAAGAUUUUAAUUCGCCAUUGUUACCAAAUGUGCAAUUUUUUUUUCUUUUCAAACCUAUAUUUGAAGCAAAUUGAGUGAGGAACAAAGUGGAAAAGCUCUAAAUACAUAAUUCUUUUAGUGUUGGUGGUCAUUGGCUGGGACUUAACUAGCUCUGUGCUCUGAAGCAUUGCCAAAUUUCUUAUGUUUUGGUUGCUUGAGGUAGGGAUACGUUUUCUAUGAAGCAAAGAAAAAAAGCCAAAGAUGGUAUGAUUCAUACUUUGUUAAACCUUAAGAUACAAUGAUCAAGCCUAUGGAAAUAGCCACAUUACAAAUGAUGUGCCUUAACUCAUAGAUAAUAAAGUGCAGAAAACGUUGCAAGGUGUGAAGCUACCAAUGGCCUUGAUUGCUCUCCUCUUCCUGAAUGCAAGCUGAGAAUACUUUUCACCAAGCAAGACAGAGUCAGCAGUGCAUCCCUCAACUAUUAUCCAAUAAAUGCAUAAUGCACAUUUCUCCUAAAUGUUUGUUACUGUAUAGGGGAUACUAAAGAAAAAAUCUAGUGCAUAUUACAGCAGUUGAUCAUCUAUAAUGGUAACAACUGUAUAAUUUGGACAAGUAUUUAUGUUUUACAUGGUUACUUAUAUGGUGAGUUUGUAGCUAUUUAGUAGCUUUUGGGACAAUAACUCAAGGCCUAAAAAUAUUUGUUACACUUAAGCUCUCUUUUGAUGCAGAAGGCACACUUAGUAGGCCACCAGAUAAUUGUCCUGUGGCAGAGGCAGGAUGUCUGACUACUACUUGCUUUAAUUCUGGCCUCUAGUUUAUGAAAACUCAGCCAGAUUGCCCUGGUGUGGCCAAUUUUCAACUGCUAGAGGAGGAGCAAACUGGUACUAAACAAGUCUGAAUGUGCAUUACUGUACCAAAGAAAGAUGACUUAAAACUCCUGUUGGUCUUUUAUGUGAGUAAAAUUCCAGAUAGACGUGGAGCAGUGCGACAAAAUGUUUCUCGUCAAUGUUUCCAAAUAAUGUGUUCAGAACUCUUUUGUGAAGCUUGGAAGAUUUAUGAGGUGGGGAGGUAUUGGAGGAACAUGACUGUCUGUAGUCUUUAUUUAAUAAUAAUGAUGAUAAUAAAUUUUAAAAAUCUU